CGUAGCUCAAUCAAUUGUUUUUGUUUUUGCUGCUGCUGGCUAGAACAGUAACAAAAAAUAACAAAUUUUUAUUUUUAAACAAAACUCUCAAAUAUUUCGAAUAGAAUUGGAAAUCAUGGCCGCGGGGAUCACUACCAAGGAGCGCCUGGAACGGCUAAUAAACGCAAAAAAUCAGCUGGAGGCGCAGAUCAGCAAAAAUGGACAGAUCCUAGCCGCCAACGACAAUGUAGGCAUGACCGGACCUUUGGUGGACUCCGAGGGUUUUCCACGUAAUGACAUCGACAUCUACCAAGUGCGUCAGGCACGACAGACAAUCAUAUGCUUGCAGAACGAUCACAAGGAACUAAUGAACCAGAUCCAGACCAUGCUUAACCAAUAUCACAGCGAGAUAGCCACCACAGAUCCAGAGCUGGUUAACCGUGCCUCUGCUCUGGAUUUGGACAGUGAUCGUACUCCAGGAGGAGCUAAUAUAUCUGAUCUUGCACCUACUCGCACAAUUGUGGUGGUCAAUCUAGUCAGUCCCGAUUCACCCGCAGAGAAAGCUGGUCUUUGUGUGGGCGAUGCCAUCCUCCGUUUUGGCUCCAUCAAUAGCAACAAUUUUAAGGGAGAUCUUGGUCAGAUUGGCGAGGUGGUGCGCAACAUGCAGAACCAGAAUGUCCAGCUGAAAGUGAAGCGCGGCGAGCAGCAGUUGGACCUCAUCUUGGUACCAAAGACCUGGAGUGGACGCGGACUCCUCGGCUGCAACAUCGUCCUGCCUCCCGAGGCCAUGGAGCACUGAUAAUGCUAACUUUUAAGUUUUUUUUUUUAUACGGAAUUACCAGUGUACAUUUGCUCUGCAUUUUUAUUAUCAGAUCAUGGCCAGCCACGGAACAAGUUUGCUCUAAAUUGUAGAAAUUGAUUUUUGGAUUUGUAACCUGAUUUCGGAAGGGUUUUCAGACCAAUUUAACAAGAGCCAUCUUUCUGACUGACAGGUGGGUCACUGUGCCAAGGAGCAACUAAGUAUGGAGCAUGGUAGCUUAUUCAGGGGAGAUGAGUAAUUGCUGGGGAAUUUUCAUUCUUUUUUUUAUUAGUUUAGUUAUUUAAAUACUACAUACUAACUAAUAUGUAACAAAAAGAAACUAAUAUUUGGAAGAUAAAAUCUUUAAAACUAAAACCAAGAAAUGUUUUUUUAAAUACAGUUUAG